GAUGUAGGGAUGGAGGCAGAAGAAGACCCUGGGUUACUCCCUAAAGGAGGGAUGGAUCUCCCGAAGGAUGGGGCAGAUCUCUGUGAGCAGAAGCUUAGGGAAGAUGAGCCCAGUGCGGACUUGGACGAGCAAGUGGAGUUACCCGGCGCCCAGAAUAACGGGCCCUUGGGUGUGGCAGAUGGCAAAGCGGAUGUGCAGGAGGAAUCAAGCGAGGCUCGGGAAGAAUCUAGCGAGAAGGACCUGUCAGAUUCGGCCUCCACAGACAACACUUUGGAGGACUCCAGCGAGUUCAGCCGGCCCAUGGUGAUGGGCGGCGGUCCUGUGGGGGAGGAGGAGGUGGCGGUCCAGCCACGUCCUCCCACGCAUCGGGACGAGGAUGUGACAGCAGAGAGUUGGCGGGCGCACAGGAAGCACAUCUUCGUCCUGAGCGAAGCCGGCAAGCCCAUUUAUUCCCGCUAUGGCAACGAGGAAGCCCUCAGUUCGACCAUGGGCGUCAUGAUGGCGUUGGUGUCGUUCAUCCAGAGCGGGGAUAAUUCCAUCCGCUCCAUCUGUUCAGACGACCGCAAACUAGUUUUUGUGCAGCAGGGCCCGCUGGUGCUGGUAUCGGUGUCGAGCACUCUGCAGUCGGAGCAGCAGUUGCGGCAGGAACUCCUGUACGUGUACUACCAGAUCAUCAGCAUGCUCACCCAAGCCAGCAUCACCCGCAUCUUCGAGCGGAAGAAGAACUACGAUCUCCGGCGCCUGUUGACCGGCUCGGAAAAGAUCCUCGACCGUCUCUUGAACCUGGUGGAGUCCGACCCGUGCUUCUUGCUCGGCGCCGUGCGCUGCCUCCCCCUCCAGCCGGCCCUGCGGGAUUCCCUAGGUUCCCUGCUCCAGAAGGCUAUCACUCCGAAUCUGGUCUUCUCCAUCCUAGUGGCCCGCAGCCAGCUGGUCACCACUGUGCAGGAGAAGACGGUCAUCGACGAUUGCCGGCUGGAGCCUACCGACUUGCACUUGUUGCUCAACCUCAUCGGGGCGACCUCCGCCUUCCAAACUGGGGAGAUCUGGACGCCUAUCUGCUUGCCGCGCUUCAACCCCGACUGUUACUUUUACGCCUACAUUUCCUACUUGGAUGCGGAUUGUACCGUCUGCCUCAUCCUUCUGUCCACCGACAAGGAGUCCUUCUACUCCGUUUCGGACUGCAAGAAGCGCAUUGAGGAGGGCAUGAGGACUCAGAACUACCUGCAGGCGCUCUCGAGCGGCCUGAGGAGCCCAUCCUACAGCGUAGGGAUGGUUGGCGCGCCAGACCUCCGGCACUUUAUGUACAAGCCCUUGGAUAUACCUGAUAAUUACCGGCAGCUCCCCCAGUUCACCAGUCCAGAACUGGAGGGGCCAUAUUGCAGCGAGAGCGAACGCCACCGGCUCUUCGACCUCUACCACUACCUUCACAGCCGCAUCCACAGUACCUCACGCCCUCUGCGUCUCAUCUACCACGUCGCUGAAAAGGAGACUCUCUUGGCUUGGGUCACCAGUAAGUUUGAAUUAUACACCUGCUUCAGCCCCUUGGUGACCAAGGCUGGUGCCAUCAACGUCCUGACGAAGCUGCUGCGCUGGUUAAAGAAAGAGGAAGACCGGCUCUUUAUUCGCUACCCACCCAAGUACUCCACCACCCCCAACCCCGGUAAAGGAAGCAAGGGGGCCCGAACUGAGGGUGCUGAAAACGGUUUCUUUGGAGGCCUCUAG